CCUUCCAAGAAAGGACUGACCCAAACCAUGCAUGCACACUGCCUGCACACGUCUUUGAAUUUGAAAAUCGUCUCCUCCAUCUCGAUCUCACGUCGAUCGUAUACUACUAUAAAAUACUCCAUUUUGUCAAAGAUAGCUUCCCACUCUCCCCAGCAUCGAUCCGCCAUUGCUCUCUCUCUCUUCAGCUCACCACCAUUGCAACAGCUAGAAGAAGAAGGCCCUUGGUUGCUUGAGCAAUUGCUUAUAGUAUAGCUAGCUCUAAUGGAGGAGGUGGAGGUUCCGUCCUACUUCGUGUGCCCCAUCACGCUGGACGUCAUGCGCGACCCCGUCACGCUCCCCACCGGCAUCACCUACGACCGCCACGCCAUCCACCGCUGGCUCCGCCUCGCCGCCUCCUGCCCGCUCACCAAGCUGCCGGUCGCGCCGGACUGCGAGCCCACGCCCAACCACACGCUCAGCCGCCUCAUCCGCUCCUGGUGCGCCCUCCACCGCCCUGACGACGCCGUCGACCAUACGACGCAGUCGGCCCCCGCCGACCGCGCCCAUCUCGCCACGCUGGUGUCAUGGCUCGCCGACAUCAAGAACAAGCCUAGAUCGUCGCAAGAGGCACUUGCGGCGCUGCGCGAGCUCAGGGACGUGGCGGUGGAGGGCGAGCGAGGCAGGGAACUCGUCGCCGCGCUCCCAGGCGCGCCGGACGCCCUGCUUCAGGUCUUCGUCGCGUCGGCUACGUGCGCGCCGGAGAACGCCGCCGCGGCACUCGACGUCGUCUCCUCGCUCCGGCUCCCGGAGCGGUUCCUGGCGCGCGCCAUCGAACGGGAUGGCGCGGCGCUGGUCGGCGCGCUCGUCUACACGCUGCAUGAACACUCCGGCUCCGGCUCCGACGCCGCGUCCCGGGCACGCGCGGCCGUGCUCCUGGCGGACGUGACGGCGUGCAUGGCGCCGAGCAGGGCGGCGUCGCUCCCGGAGCAGGUGUUCGUCGAGACUGUGCGGCUGCUCCGCGGCGACGACACCAUGGGCGCCUCGGCAUCGAUGGCGACCAAGGCAGCGCUGCGGGUGCUUGCAGGCGCGACCGCCCACGGGCGGAACCGAGUGAAGGCCGCGGAGGCCGGCGCAGUGGCGGCGCUCGUGGACUUGCUACUCCUCGUGAACAGGGAUCGCCGGCGUGCGUGGUGCGAGCUGGCGCUGUGCGCGCUGAACCGGCUGUGCGGGUGCGCGGAGGGCCGCGCAGCGCUGGUGGCGCACGGAGCCGGCGUGGCAGCCGUGGGGGCCUGGGUGGCCGGGACGUCGAUGGCGGCUAGCGCGAAAGCGGUGCGAGUGCUCCGAUCAAUCGCCCGGCACGCGGCGACGGGCGCGGUGGUGCAGGAGAUGGCGGCGACGGGCGCGGUGGGGAAGCUGUGCGUGGUGGCGGCGUCGGCGCGGGAGGAGGGGCGGCAGUGGUGCGACGAGAGGACGAGGGAGCGGGCGAGGGAGACGCUCCGGCUGCACGCCAGGGCGUGGCUGAGCUCGCCGUGCUUGCAUCCUACCCUCCAGGCCCUCUACCCUUGCUAAUUGCUACACUCUUCUUUUAUAGCUAGAUGAAACUAAUUGGCAGUGUAAUUGUAAUGUUUAUAACAUGCUAAUUGCACGCGUAGCAGCUUUGCAUGGAUAUUUUGUGAUGCCAACUUCAGUUAAGAUG